GGAGGCGGGGAUUCAGAAGACACUUGGACUCUCUAGGCGCCGUCUCCCUGCUGAGCAUCAUGGCGCUGAGUGGUCGACUGGCUUUGGCCGCGCUCAGACUGUGGGGCCCCGGAGGUGGGAGAAGGCCCAUAGCCCUCUCUGUGGGAGCCUCCAGCGGCUUAGGAUGUGGGGGCAGCAGUGAGAAGGCGAAGCUCUCUCUGCAGGAUGUGGCUGAGCUGCUUCGGACCAGAGCCUGCAGGAGGGUCGUGGUCAUGGUGGGAGCUGGCAUCAGCACACCGAGUGGCAUCCCAGACUUCAGAUCCCCAGGGAGUGGGCUCUACAGCAACCUGCAGCAGUAUAACAUCCCAUACCCAGAGGCCAUUUUUGAACUUGACUUUUUCUUUCACAAUCCCAAGCCGUUUUUCACACUGGCCAAGGAGCUGUACCCUGGGCACUAUAAGCCUAAUGUCACCCACUACUUCCUUCGACUGCUCCACGACAAGGAGCUGCUUCUGCGGCUCUACACACAGAACAUAGAUGGGCUUGAGAGAGUGUCUGGUAUUCCUGCCUCAAAGCUGGUUGAAGCUCAUGGGACCUUUGCAUCAGCUACGUGCACAGUCUGUCGAAGGUCCUUCCCGGGGGAGGACUUCUGGACCGAUGUGAUGGCAGACAGGGUGCCUCACUGCUCUGUCUGUACUGGCGUUGUGAAACCUGACAUUGUGUUCUUUGGAGAGCCGCUGCCUGCAAGGUUCUUACUACAUGUGGCCGAUUUCCCCAUGGCAGAUCUGCUGCUCAUUCUUGGGACUUCCCUGGAGGUGGAGCCAUUUGCUAGCUUGUCUGAAGCAGUACAGAAGUCGGUGCCCCGACUGCUCAUCAAUCGAGACUUGGUGGGUCCCUUUGCUUGGAGUCCUCGCAGCAAGGAUGUGGCCCAGCUGGGCGACGUGGUUGAGAGUGUGGAAAGGCUGGUGGACCUCCUGGGCUGGACACAAGAGCUGCAGGAUCUCAUCCAGCGGGAGACUGGGAAGCUGGAUGGACAGGACAGAUAAAGCUAUUGUCACCUGCGGGAAAGUCACACAGCAGGUCCUCUCCAGGGAGCCAUGCCUGAAAACAGCUCGGACAGGUUUACAAAUCUGGGUCAAACCGCGUGUGACCUGGGUAACGGUCUUCUGAGGCUGCCUUCGGAAAGACUGCCCAGGAUGCUCACCCUGGGGCUAUGCCAUCACACUGUAGAGGAGCUCCAUGUGUCCCACCACUGCUGAAGCCUGCAAUGCAGUGCGCCUUUCUGGCAGUGGGCAGCACAGCAUGUCCAUCCAUCGCAGACCAGGGAUAUACUAGGGUAAUCUAGCAUUCCCAUCUCUACAGAGGCAUCUUUAACAACAACAACAACAAAAAAUCAUUUCUCGCAUGAAAUAAAUUUUAGUAUAAAACUUGG